AGGUUCCUGCUGCGCAUGCGUUAUUCUCCGCCUGUCAAAGCCAGUUGGGGGCAAGAUGGCGGCGUCCUCUGCAUGUCGGGCGGUGGGUUGUGUUGCCGGCCGGGCUCUUCUGCGGGGCUCUCAGUCACCGGCAAAGGUACCCUCCGAGCAGCAGCAAUGAUCUCGGAAGCUAUUGAGCCAGCCUUGUGGAGUUUGACAAGAAGAGGAAGCACUGUAUCCUAUGCCCAGGUGCUGCAUAGCCUCCCUGAAACACAGGUCACCACUCUAGACAAUGGAUUUCGGGUAGCAUCUGAACAGUCGAACGAUCCUACUUGUACAGUAGGAGUGUGGCUUGAUGUAGGAAGCCGCUAUGAAAAUGAAAAGAACAAUGGAGUUAGCAAUUUUGUGGAACAUCUGGCAUUCAAGGGCACAAAGAAACGCCCUGGCACCGCCUUUGAAAAAGAAGUGGAGAGCAUGGGUGCACAUCUCAAUAGCUAUACCUCUCGUGAGCAGACAGCCUUCUUCAUGAAAGCUUUGUCCAAAGAUUUGCCCAAAGCGGUUGAGAUUCUGGCUGAUGCAGUACAGAACUGUAGUUUGGAUGAUUCCCAGAUUGAGAAGGAGCGGAAUGUCAUUCUUCAGGAGAUGGAAGAAAUUGAUGGCAGCUUAUCUGAUGUUGUCUUUGACUACCUUCACGCCACAGCUUACCAAGGCACUGCUUUGAGCCAGACUGUUGAAGGAACAACAAAGAAUACAAAGAAUUUGUCUCGUGCAAAUUUAGUAGAGUACAUCGAGACUCAUUACAAAGCCCCUCGCAUGGUCCUGGCAGCAGCUGGAGGUGUUGGUCACAAAGAACUAGUGGACCUUGCCAGGCAGCACUUUGGCAAUGUUCCCUAUCAGUACCAGGAAGAUACAGUACCCAUUCUUCCACGCUGCCGCUUCACUGGGAGUGAGAUCAGAGUCAGAGAUGAUGCUUUGCCUCAGGCUCAUGUUGCUAUUGCAGUGGAGGGGCCAGGAUGGGCCAACCCAGACAACAUUCCCCUUUUAGUAGCGAACUCAGUCAUUGGGCGCUAUGAUCUUACCUUUGGUGGUGGUAAGAAUCAGUCUAGCAAGCUGGCUUCAAUCGCAGUGGAGAACAAGCUAUGCCAAAGUUUUCAGGCCUUCAAUACCUGCUAUUCUGAUACGGGUCUCUUUGGAUUCUAUUUUGUUACUGAUGGUAUGAAUAUUGAAGAUACUCUGCACUUUGCCCAGGCUGAAUGGAUGCGCCUGUGCACCAGUGUGACUGACAGUGAGGUGAAGAGAGCCAAGAACAUCCUUCGAAGUACCUUUGUCUCUCUACUGGAUGGUACCACUCCUGUUUGUGAGACUAUUGGAAGUCAUAUAUUGAACUAUGGGCGUCGGAUACCUCUGGCUGAAUGGGAUGCCAGAAUUUCUGAGGUUGAUGCCAGAACUGUGCGGGAGGUCUGCACCAAAUACAUAUAUGACAAAUGCCCAGCUGUUGCAGCAGUAGGUCCUAUUGAACAGCUUCCAGACUACAACCGUAUCCGCAGCGCCAUGUUCUGGCUCCGUUUCUAGGCUGUUUUACACAUACGAUGGAAAUGAGGCAAUGUGGUUAUUGAAUGAACACCUCUGGGUUCUAAUCUCGUGCAUUUCUUCUGUGCACCCGUGGCAAGAUGGUUCUCUCAGUUGCUGUACAAAUGUUCUUUUCAACCAGAUUAUUGAUGUGCCAGAGAGCUAAAUAAAUUAAGUUUCAAUGAAA